UCAGAUAAGGUUGGGUGUGUGUGGAGGUGGGAGUGGGUGUGUGGGAUACAUAUGAGAGAAACUGCGUUGGAAGAGCAGCAGAUGUGAUGGUCGAUCCGAUGGAAGCAGACAUUAAUUAGCGGAGGGGACGUUAACGGGAAUAACGGGAUUAUGAGGAUUUGAGAGGAAGUCGCCUGAAUCCGGUGUCACACACAGUGGGAGGUGGGUGAGGAUUAAGUUCCAGGAGCCCUCACUCCUCUAACUGCGCUCCGACUGUCAUGGGGAUCGACCGGCGGCGCAGAGCCUCCCUGGCUCUCACCUUGAACUUCCUGGCCCUGUUGCUCGCCGUGUCGGCUCUCACCACCAGCUACUGGUGCGAGGGGACGCGGAAGGUGGUGAAGCCGUUCUGCACCGGUCCGGUCACCACCAAGCAGGCGUUUUGCAUCAUGUUCAACAGCUCCAACAUCAACGACACGCGUCUGGUGCAAUACAUCUGGGAGACCGGGGAGGACAAGUAUGUGAUGAGGAGGUUUCACACCGGCAUCUGGUUCUCCUGCGAGCAGAACAUCAACAUGACAGGUGAAAAAUGCCGAAGUUUCAUUUAUGUGGCACCAGCAAAUGAAAGAGGUGUUCUGUGGUUGUGCAUCGUGGCAGAGUGCCUGUACAUUCUGCUGCUGGCCACCGGAGGUAUCCUCAUGUCUUUAGAAGUGUGUCACAUUGGGAAUGUCAUUGACGGACUGAAGCUCAAUGCCUUUGCUGCCAUAUUCACUGUUCUCUCAGGUCUCUUAGGUAUGGUGGCCCACAUGAUGUUCACCACAGCCUUCCAGCUGACUGUGAGUCUGGGUCCCGAGAACUGGAAACCUCAGACGUGGGACUACAGCUGGUCGUACAUAUUGGCGUGGAGCUCUUUCACAGCCUGCAUGGCCUCCUCUGUUACAACCAUCAACCGCUACACCAAAACCAUCCUGGAGUUCAAGCACAAGCGCAGGAACAUUGAGAAGAACCUGAAGAUCAAGCAGAAGCUCCUGGAGCUGGAUUCUCCAGAGCAGGUGUGGGACAUGUACAUCAGCUCUGUCCCGAGCACCGCUGAAGAGCUGCUGGACCUGUCGACGAACGGCCGCAAACUGUCCAACGCCUCCAUUUUCCUGGACCUCAACGACCUGCCCGAUCCGCAGGGAGAGGAGUAUUGCUAGAGGAGCAUUUGGAAACAAGGAUGCUGUUUCCUGUGUGCUACAGUGUAAAUACAGGAAGAAUCCUGCUGAAAGCUUUAUACUUUUGUUUUCAUCAUCCGUCUUUAUUAACUUCCUGAUGUGGUUUGCUCUCCAGGAGCUCUUAAGAUGUAAAGUAGGAUUUUUAUCCUACAGAUUUAAAUCAGGAUUCAACCGGAAGAAUUUUAGAGCUAAAUCAAGGUUGGACCCGCCGUGGGAGCAACUGAUUGAUGAGGAUUUCACCAGCAUUGCACAUCAAGAUUAAACCAUCAGCUCUAAUUGAAAGCUGUCUUUUCUCAUGUAUACCACACAUAUAACAGUACAGUUCUGAAACAAGAUCUUUAUAGACCGUCUCCUGGAUUGGACGGACAUAUUUGUUGUGUUGUUUAAGUUUUUUUUUUUUUUUUUGUUAUUGAUCAAAUUUUACAUGAAUUUUUAAUUUAAUGGAACAUUAUUGAUCUCACAUUGAAGAACUUUACCUCUGCAUUUAACCCAUCCCCUUGGGGAGCAGUGGGCUGCCAUCAUGGGGCGCCCAGGGAGCAGUGUGGGGUUAAGGAUCUUGCUCAGAGACCCAGUGGGAGUGGGGCUCGAACUCAGAGGCUGCCACUCCCCAACUGAAAUUGGAUGGAUGUAAAACAACUAACUUUGUCAAACUUCAGAGCUUUAACACAGGGUAAAAAGUCGUCUCUUUGUGCUUUUCUAGGUUAUAUCGCUAUGAAAUAAAGAGCUGCUGAGUUAUUAACUAAAUGAAGGUCAUAAUGAUGACAACUGGUGUUUUGAAAUAUCUGUAACCAUUACCUAAAACUGAAUUUCCCAUCGAUGAUUAAAAAGGUAUAAUUACAUUGCAUUGAAUUGCAUCAAAAUUAGUCAAAUCGAAUUGAAAAGUUAAUCUAGCAUUGCAUUCUAUAUUUUUUAUUCUCGUUAGCCACCUACGCAUUGUAACAUCCAAACCUGCAGAGUUAAGAUGCUGGUUGGGAACUUUUAUUAUCCUGCUGAUGAGUUAUUGUGUCAACUGCCUAAAAGACAAAGAAAAAAUGUAGUUUGAGCUGUAGCCUACAAUUUAACUAUGAUUCGUCCUUAUCUUUCCUCCUGGAUAUAGUUGAAAAAAAGAUCAAUGCUUUGAAAAAGUCUCUUUCUGCUAACAAGUUUAUUCUCCUUAAUCACAUUUUAAGUCCAGACUUUGACUAAGCCACCUCAUAAUAUUGGUUUUCUGUUUGAGAAGCUCAGCAGUGAAUCUGCUUGCUAGGUUUGGAUCACUGUCCUGCAGCCAGGGACACUUGUUCAAUAUUUCAACAUCCAUGUUUGCCAACUGAUUUAGGGCAGAACUCUUGGCUCCUUCAGUUAUUGGAGGUUCUUAGAUGCCAGGUGGAUGCAGCAAUUUGCUCAUUCGAUUUUCAUCCAUAAAUCAUGAUUAGUCACCUUAACUAAAGCAACUGUUGUCUUCAGAGUCUUAAUUGUCUUUUUCUGUCUUCUGGAGUCAUUUCAGCAGGUUCACCUCUAAAAUGUUUUACCUGCAGCUAAUUGCUCUGACUGUGGUCCACUGGAGUUUCAAAGCUUCAAACGUGGCUUUAAACAUAACUAGAUUUUUUUUUUUUUGGUCACAUCAGCUAAUGAUGUUGCUUUUGAGCACGUUAGAUCCUGCUUUAUUUUGUCACACAGGUGUUAUUUAAUUGAUUUAUUGAUUAUUUAGAUCAGGCAAUAAUCAGGCCUUGGUAUGGUAACAAUUUAAAUUAUUGUUUAAUAAUAAUUUUACUUUAUUGAUC